UCGUCUGCCACUCACGUGGAAUCGCCGGGAAUUGUCUGCUAUCGUCAAUAAGAGUCAGAGAGACGUGGAAAUUUGGGAUGAUGUCUUGUCCAAAUCUGAAUGCAUUAGUUUGGCAGCAUUUAUUUCGAAAUGCGAGAAGGCUACCGUUUGUAUGGAAAUCUGGGCGAUCUAUAGUACCAAACGGCAAUUCUUUUAGUACUGAAACAAAGGAAAUAGUUAUUCCUAAUUAUAUUCCUCGGGGUCCUACGGACAUAUUAGAGGCAUUGGCUUCUACUGUGAAAAGAGAUCCUACAGCUCCCCACUUCAAAUUCCAUGAUGAUCCUUACCUAAUUCCUGCAUCCAAUCAUGCUAAGCGUACAUAUGCCCUUGCUCAAGAAGCAGGCAGAAAAGCAGCAAACUGGAUAAAACAUGAACAUGCUGAAUUAUUCCAGCAUAGAAAUGCUGAACCAUUUAUCCAAGCUUUUGCUCCAGCUGAAAAGCUUACGGAAACCACACCAAUAACUGAAGACUUACUAAAGAAAUAUAUUCACACUGCACAGGUUGCAAAUGCUAUCCAUGUCUAUGGAAAGCUUGAUUCAGCAGCCAUAAGUCCUGAAACUAGGCAAUCCUUUUUGGAGUUUGUUGCAUUUUAUAAUGAAGAUGAUCAGCUAAAUCAAGAUUUCGUUGAAGAGAGAUGGUUCAAAAGUGGAAUGAAAGGCAAGGACCAAAUAAGACAAACAUGGAAGAACAAUGGCUUAGCAGAGGCAGUUUUCAAUAGUAUGGAAAGAAAAACCCCUGAAGCUUAUUGUGCUUUAAUUUGUGGUAUGGCAAAGCAUGGAAAAGCUGUUGGUGCUUGGGAGUACUAUAACCAAAUGCUAGCUGAAGGUUUCGCACCGAACUUGACCACCUAUAAUAGCAUAUUUAAAAUCGCGGGGAUCGUCAGGGAGGACGCAGAACAUCAAAUUAGAUUAAUUGACGAAACACUCAGAAACAUGGUUCACGCUGGAAUAAAGCCAAAUGUUCGCACAUUGAAUUCUAUUUUGGAAUCGAUUUCUCGCAUACCUAUAUACCGAGUAGCUCGGGAAAAGUCCUUGCAAGUGCUGUCAGAUUUUAAAUCAAUCGGAGUAAAACCCUCUUUAGGAUCUUACUACUUUCUGCUCAAGAUCUUCUGUCGAGAAAAGGGGCCAAUUAACAACAUUCUCGUCGGCAUCGUUAACAGACUAGAAUAUGAAAUGCCACCACUUCAGGAUCUACAUGAUGUCGCGUUUUUCGCCGAAGCUAUGAGGGUGUGCAAUUAUCAUCUAGAAGAUGUGCAAUUGGCGAAAAGACUCCACGACCUCCUUUGCUUACCUCAGAACCAAGCUCUCAUCGGAGAUUCGUACAAAGAAUCGAUUUACUAUCGCUGCUUCUUGCUACUUCUUACCCGAGCUGAAGGUCCAGAGGCUUUAAUGGAGAUGUACCGGCAUCUCGUACCCAACAUCUAUACCCCAGAACAAAGCGUAUUCGAGGCUGUUGUCAAGUCAGUAGCCGAAUGUUCGGCUGUACAUUAUGUACCCGAACUCUGGAGCGAUGCUGUUUACAUGGACAUGGGUGAAAGAGAAUCAAUCCUAGAGGUUCUGCUAGAGGCUCUUGCAAGCGGUUCAGGACCUGACUCCAAUACCGUUUCAGACAAGGACGAUGUUGAUCCGGUAUUAGCCACCGCUAGAGCGAUCACAGCUCAUGUGGAUAAUUUCCUUCAAGUUGCUGAAGAAAAGAACAGACCUACUCCUUUGCGGUGGACUGGCUCGAUGCUUGGUAAUCUGGCAAAACUAUUUCUACAGUAUGGCGACGUAGCUUCGGCUAAUGCAAUUAUAAUUAAAGUCCAUACGUUAAAGAAUCAGUUGUCCUCUUUUUUCCCUGUGGCAACUUUAAACAAGUUUUAUGAAUCGUGCAUUGAACGUCAGGAUUCUGCAAUGGCUUUGAUGGCGAUUGACUAUGCUGUCGAAAUGGGAUACGACGAGUCUUCGAGUAUGGCGAAACAAGCCCGUGAGCAAUUAAAGCUCGAUGAACGGCAGCAAGAGAAGCUUAACAGCAUUCUUGGUAGCACUUCCACGACAUCGGAGGAAUCUUAGCGGGAAUAAAUGGUUCGAGUUGCUUGAGAAA